CUGACGCCAGCGCUGCGGGGCGGAGGCGACGCUGUCCGACGAGAGGCUCCGCGUGCUGCAAGUCCCACCCCGGGCUGAGACAGCGCGAGUCCCGGCCACGGUCGUCUUUUCCUUAGCGGUCCGCCCACGUCGAGUCUUGCGUGGUGAUGGCAGACGAUCUUGGAGAUGACUGGUGGGAGAACCAGCCGGCAAGAGCAGCCAGCAGCUCAGAUGCAUCAGAUGGUGAAGGAGGAGGAAACACAGAAAUGAUGCAGCAGAAGACAGCUCCAGUUCCUGCACUGUCAAAGAAAACCAAACAGCCUAAAGAAUGUUUCUUGACACAAUCAAAGGAAACAAAAGAAGAUGUCAUCAAGACCAGGAAGAGGAGAAAGAAGAAAAUUACUGACAUUCUUGCAAAAUCAGAGCCAAAACCAGGAACACCUGAAGACCUCCAGAAGCUGAUGAAGGGCUAUUACAGCAGCAACCGCUCAGUGAUUGAAUUAGAAGAACUUAACCUACCAGACUCCUGUUUCCUCAAGGCCAAUGAUUUGACUCAUAGUCUUUCAUCAUACCUAAAAGAAAUCUGCCCUAAGUGGGUAAAACUUCAGAGAAACCAUACUGAGAAGAAAUCAGUCCUGAUGCUGAUCAUCUGCAGUUCUGCCAUACGAGCCCUGGAGCUCAUUAGGUCGAUGACAGCAUUCAAAGGAGACAGCAAAGUUAUGAAAUUGUUUGCAAAACACAUCAAGGUGCAGGAGCAGGUAAAGUUGCUGGAGAAGCGUGUGGUGCACCUGGGUGUAGGAACUCCAGGGAGGAUUAAAGAACUUGUUAAACAAGGUGGCCUUAAUUUGAACCCCUUAAAGUUUCUGGUUUUUGACUGGAACUGGAGAGAUCAGAAGUUGAGAAGAAUGAUGGACAUUCCCGAGAUAAGAAAGGAGGUUUUUGAACUUCUGGAAAUGGGAGUCCUCAGUCUGUGCAAGUCGGAAUCUUUGAAGCUAGGCCUCUUCUAAGUGCGGGUCCUAACGAAAAUUCCAGUUUUCAUGGUGGAGUUUGCAUCUCGUUUAAUGACUCUGGCACACUGCAAGCACCCAGUAAAUAUCAGCUAUUGUUUUAUGAUGUUAGCUGCAUCACCAGAUGGGUCGCUGGUAAUGUUUGAUGGGGAUUCUUUCACCGCAAUGAAUCGGUUCUUUGCCAGCUUCCUUUAUAAUAAAGUAUGACCGGCUUGUUUUUCUUUCACCGACUGGCCUAGAUCUGACUGUGUGGGAGAAGAAGCAGCUAGGCGACUUGAGGCAAGCUGCUUCUCUUUCUGAGCCUCAGUUUCAUCAGCUGCAAAAUGGGAAUGCUAUCUCGCAGGAUUGUUGAGGGUUCCAUGUAAUGGUACAUGCGGAACAGAUUUGUAAACUGUGAAGCGUCGUCCCAGCGUGAAGGGUGGCAGUGGUAGUGGAAGAAAGAGCUGCCAGCAUGUGUGGCACUUUGUAAACAUAUAAAAGCCAACAACAUAA